AGAGUUUUGGCGGGGGAUGAGCGAGCAUGGGUCCCGCCCGAAAUCCACGGUCCACAAAAUGACAAAACUGAUUGCGAAACCAGCAUCUCUGAAGCCGUUGUACUCUUUUAUCAUUCCCCCCUUAUAAAGAGUACCGGCGGUGAGAGUUCAACGUGAUCGGUAGACAAAGCGUAAACCCUAAGAAUCCGAAAUCCCGAAGAAAUGAGUGAUAUGCAGAGCAUGAAAGCAAAGAAAGGGGGAAGAAUGGGUUCUCCGAGCACGAAGGAUGAUAAAGAGGGAACAGAGUCUCCAACGGAGAAGAGCGAACAGAAAGACGGCGGAGGCGAAAAAGGCUUCCCGAUCGACAUCCUCAUCGUCACUCUGCGGGGCUAUCGCCGCAGAAUCGAAGUGAUGGAUUACCAUAAGGUUGCUGACCUGAAGAAACGUGUGGAAACGAUUUGGCCUCAGUUUCCUGCCAAACGGCAGAUGCUUAUUCAUGAGGGCUCUAUCUUGAAAGACAAUACCACCCUCAGACAAAACCGAAUUGGUUUUGAUAGCCUUAUCUACAUCUUGUUAACCAAGCCUGUUCCCGUUCUGUUCACAGUGUGGAGCUCUGUUCCCAUGGUGGCUUCUACUGGAGGGCCUUCCCAAGAAGUGGCCUCUACUUCAAGGCAGACCCAAAAAGAAUGCCCUUCUGAACCUGUUCAAAAACAACCGUUGAAUAUUCUUCGGAACAUUGAUAAGCUGUUGGUUCAAGAGCUGAAAGUGAAAAAUACUCAACUUAUGGGAGUUUUGCUGAAGCGUGAAGCAGGCAUAGUAGAGCUGCUUAGUGAAAAAAUGAGUAAAACCUCAGAAGAAAUGAGGGUGGACAUGGAGCUUUCUGAAAAAAUGACCCAAGCAAUCAGAGUUGGAGUGGCCGAUGCAGCUGAAGUCCAGGUGCAAGAAGGUGAUAUUGGGAACAUUGUACAUGAAGCAAUGGCACAUGGUGUUGCCAAUGCGGCUGGAGUGCAGGUGCAAGGGGGUGAUAUUGGGAACAUAAUACCUGAAGCAAUGGUACAUGGGAUUGCCAAUGUGGCUGGAGGACCGGAUUUGGAAGAAAAAGAGGGGUAUUCUCUCUUAUAUGAUGACUAGAAUAUUUGGUUGUAGUUACUGAUAAUUGUCAGUAGAGCUGCUGAUUUUAUUAUUCUAUUUAUGCUCAAUUUCAGUAUCAGGAACAACGCACUUGAUGACUUUGUUGAAGCACUAACCUCUGAGGAACAGGAAGCCAUUGGACGUCUUGAAACUGGAGGAUUCGAUCGUGCUGUUGUGGUGGAUAUGUAUUUUGCAUGUGGAAAGAAUGAGAUGUUGACUUCGAAACGCCUUGUUGAUCCUGACUACCCCCACUACUAGUUUGAGGACUAAUAUUAGAGGCGAAAUACUAAAACUGUACCUUCUUCCCCAUUCUCCCUAUCCGCAUCUUGUCUGAAUUGUGGUACUCUUACCUGAAUUGUGCAUGAAUGAGCUAUAUUACAUCAACAGGCUACUUUUGAAAAUUUUGCAAACUGAAUCUCCUGUGAUGUAUUGAUUACUAGUUAUAAGUUUCAAUUAAAAUUAGAGAACCUUG